AUGUCGGCCGCCUCCUCCAACACCAUCGGCAGUUCGACGGCGGCGGCUCAAGAGCGGCGGACAGCAGACUUCCACCCAACUGUGUGGGGCGACUUCUUCAUCACUCGUGUCUUCACUGACCAACAGAUUGUGAACGGGUGGAACGUGGGGAUUGACGCGCUGAAGGAGAGCGUGAAGGCGAUGCUGCUUUCAGCUCCCUCGACGACGUCGGAAAAGCUGAAACUGAUCGACGUGGUGGAGAGGCUUGGCAUCGGUUACCUUUUCGAAGAAGAGAUCGAAGAGCAACUCCGGGAGAUCUAUCAGCAGGGGAAUCACCCCGACAACGAUGAGGGUCUCUUCACCGUUGCUCUCCGGUUUCGACUCCUCCGGCAACAUGGUUACAGCGUGCCUAAUGACAUAUUCAAGAAGUUCCAGAACGAAGAAGAAGAAGAAGGAACCUUCAAGGAGGAGUUGGGGAGCGACGUGGAAGGUAUGAUGAGUCUGUACGAAGCUGCACAUCUCUGCAUGCAUGGAGAGACGAUACUCGACCACGCCAUCGAGUUCGCGACUGCUCAACUGACUAACUACUCCCAGGAACUGCAAGGGCUGAUUGCUGGAACUGAUGCUCAACAACGCAAGUUAUUGGUAUUAAAACGAGUUGCUCAUAUCUUGAAGAGGCCGCUGCGUAAAGGCGUUGAGAAGCAUGAACAACUCUUCUUCAUCUCUGUAUACGAGCAAAUGGAGGGUCACGAUCACAGUCUCCUGAAGCUGGCCAAGUUGAGCUGGAAUUUCCUGCAACAUUUGUACCAACAAGAGCUUAGGAGCAUUACACGGUGGUGGAUCGAUCUUGACUUUGCGACCAAGCUGUCCUUCGCACGAGACAGAUUGAUCGAGAUUUACUUUUGGGCGGUGGGAGCCAUGUGGGAGCCCAAGUUUUCGACGUCGCGUUACAUUCUGACCAAACUUACGAUGCUUGUGUCCGUGAAUGAUGACAUAUACGAUGUUCAUGGAACCAUCGACGAACUCGAGCUGCUCACCGCUACUGUUGAGAGAUGGGACACCAGCAUGAAGGAUCUCCCAGAGUACAUGAAACUGUUUUAUGGAGCAAUUAUUGAUGCGUUGGACGAAGUAGACGCCAUUACUACCAGAGAAGGACGGCCCUACUGCUUGGAGUAUGGGAAACAGGCGGAGAAGAAUCAAAUGAGGGCAUACCUGGCAGAAGCAAGAUGGUUCGCCAAAGGAGAGGUGCCGACGAUAGAGGAAUACCGGCGAGUCGGUGUCUACUCUUGCACUUACCCAUUGCUGGCCUAUUUAGCCCUCGCCGGUAUGGGCGACAAGGCGCCAAAGGAAGCGUUCGAUUGGUUGCUGGCGGAUCCCAAGAUCCUCGUUGCCGUCUCAGAUCACUGUCGUCUCAUGGAUGACAUCGUGUCUCACGAGUUCGAGCAGAAAAGAGGACACGUUUGUUCGGCAGUCGAGUGCUACAUGCGGCAACACGACGUGUCGAGAGUGGAAGCGGUGAGCGUGCUGAACCAGAUGAUGGAGGACGACUGGAGAGUCAUAAACGAAGAGUGCUUGCUGGUCAACCGCCCCGGUUUCAUCUCUAAGGAAGUGAUUUCGAUGUUUGUUGGGCUUGCGAGGGUGAUGGAGGUUCUCUACAAGGAUUUCGAUAGCUAUACUUUCUCCAACACCACCACCAUGGAUAUGAUGACUGCUCUGCUCGUCACUCCUAUGGAGGUUGGCUCUGCCGAAGAAGAUUGA